UAAUAAUUAAUGUGUUUUUCCCCUUUAUCAGACUUCCUGGCAGUGGCACCUGUUACUGGUUAAACUAGUUUUCUUUCAGUGGAUUUACAUUAUUACACUUUAACUAAACCUGACUGAAUUUCUGACCAUCAACAAUUACACUGAAGAUAAGUCAGCUGUGCUUACAGUGAAUGCACGCCAGGGCCUCUUUUAUUUAGAUGAGUGGGGGGAGUCUUUUGUCACUAUAUAGGUCAGUUUGCAGGAAACGAAAGCAAACUUAGAAGCUGUCCACAAAGAGAGGGUAUUUCUUCAAACUGUUGUUCUCCUUGGACUGCUUAAUCUUUAAAGUUCAACAUGAUGCUUUUGAAACUUUUAAUUCUGUUCUUAACUUUGUCAGCAGCCUGUGGAUUGAGAUGCUACUCAUGCACAGCAGUCAAAUCCAAAUCCUGCACCGACACCGAAGCCUGCCCUGCCCUUUUAAACCGCUGUUACUCGCUCAAGGUGGAUGGUGUUGACAUUGUUACCAAGGGCUGCCAAACCAGUCUGAUGUGUGUUGAUCCAAUAUCCUGCUGUGAAGGGGAUCUGUGCAACAGCAGCGCACGACCUGGCUCCAGUUUCCUCUUGAUGAUGCUGACUUCAGCCGCGUUCAUACUUGUUCUCUAAUAGCCUAACAUUUGAGAUUUAGACUCCAAGUGUUUUCCAUGGAUUGUUUUUGAAAAACUAAAAGAGAAAUAAAGACAUUUUCUGUGUAA